UUGUGCUUGGCCAGCCCCGCGGGGGAUAAAGGGGCCCGGGGCUCAGGGAGGAGGCGCAGAAGCCAGUCAGUCUGCGUUCGGCACUCCACGCCGCAGACCCAGGAGGAUGAGGCUCGCCGUCCGUGCCCUGCUGGCCUGCGCGGUCCUGGGGCUGUCCCUGGCUGUCACCCAAAAAACUGUAAGAUGGUGCACCAUUUCAAAUCAGGAGGCCAAUAAGUGCUUCAGUUUCCGUGAAAACAUGAGUAAAGCCGUUAAGAAUGGUCCUCUUGUCUCCUGUGUGAAAAAAUCCUCCUACCUGGAUUGCAUCAAAGCCAUCAAGGAUAAAGAAGCAGAUGCUGUGACACUGGAUGCGGGUUUGGUAUUUGAGGCAGGCCUGGCCCCCAACAGCCUGAAGCCUGUUGUGGCAGAGUUCUAUGGGCAGAAAGAUAAUCCACAAACCCAUUAUUACGCGGUGGCCUUGGUGAAGAAGGGCAGCAACUUCCAGUUCAACCAGCUCCAAGGCAAGAGGUCCUGCCACACAGGCCUCGGCCGUUCUGCUGGAUGGAUCAUCCCCAUGGGAUUACUUUACGAUCAGCUGCCUGAGCCACGGAAACCUAUUGAGAAAGCAGUGGCCAGUUUCUUCUCCAGCAGCUGCGUCCCCUGUGCGGAUCCAGCGAACUUCCCCAAACUGUGCCAACUGUGUGCUGGGAAAGGGGCAGAAAAGUGCGCCUGCUCCAACCAUGAACCGUACUUCGGCUACUCCGGUGCCUUCAAGUGCCUGAAGGAGGAUGCUGGGGAAGUGGCCUUUGUCAAGCACUCAACAAUAUUGGAGAACCUGCCUGACAAGGCUGACAGGGACCAGUACGAGCUGCUCUGCAGGGACAACACCAGGAGGCCUGUGGAUGAGUACGAGAACUGCUACCUGGCACAGGUCCCUUCCCACGCCGUCGUGGCCCGAAGCGUGGAUGGCCAGGAGGACUCAAUCUGGGAACUUCUCAACCAGGCCCAGGAGCAUUUUGGCAGAGAUAAAUCUCCAGACUUCCAGCUUUUCAGCUCCUCUCAUGGGAAGGACCUGCUGUUUAAGGAUUCUGCCAAUGGGUUCUUAAAGAUUCCCUCUAAGAUGGACUCCUCGCUGUACCUGGGGUAUCAGUAUGUCACUGCUCUUCGGAAUCUAAGAGAAGAAAUAAGCCCUGAUAGCUCAAAGAAUGAAUGCAAGAAGGUGAGGUGGUGUGCCAUAGGCCACGAGGAGAGGCAAAAAUGCGAUGAGUGGAGCAUAAACAGUGGUGGGAAAAUAGAGUGUGAAACCGCAGAAAACACCGAAGACUGUAUCGCCAAGAUCAUGAAAGGAGAGGCUGAUGCCAUGAGCUUAGAUGGAGGCUACAUCUACAUUGCGGGCAAGUGUGGUCUGGUGCCUGUCCUGGCAGAGAACUACAAAACUGAGGGUGAAAACUGUGAAAACACACCAGAGAAAGGGUAUUUUGCUGUGGCUGUGGUUAAGAAAUCAUCAGGUCCUGAUCUCAACUGGAACAAUCUAAAGGGCAAGAAGUCCUGCCACACUGCAGUAGAUAGAACUGCCGGCUGGAACAUCCCCAUGGGUCUGCUCUACAACAAGAUUAACAGUUGUAAAUUUGAUCAGUUUUUCAGUGAAGGCUGUGCCCCUGGGUCUCAGCGAAAUUCCAGUCUCUGUGCUCUGUGUAUCGGCUCGGAACGUGGGCCUGGAAGGGAAUGCUUAGCCAACAACCAGGAGAGAUACUAUGGCUACACAGGGGCUUUCAGGUGUCUGGUUGAGAAGGGAGAUGUGGCCUUUGUGAAGGAUCAGGUUGUCCAGCAGAACACUGACGGAAAAAACCAGGAUAAUUGGGCAAAAGAUCUGAAGCAGAUGGAUUUUGAGCUGCUGUGCCAGAACGGCGCCAGGGAGCCUGUGGAUAAUGCAGAGAACUGCCACCUGGCCAGAGCCCCAAACCAUGCUGUGGUUGCACGGGAUGAUAAAGUGACCUGUGUUGCUGAGGAGCUACUUAAACAGCAGGCUCAAUUUGGAAGACAUGACUGCUCAAGCAGGUUUUGCAUGUUUAAGUCAAAUACCAAGGACCUCCUCUUCAGGGAUGACACCCAAUGUUUGGCCAGAGUUGGCAAAACUACGUAUGAAUCCUACUUAGGAGCCGACUACAUCACGGCUGUGGCUAACCUGAGAAAAUGCUCAACCUCAAAGGAAAUACAACAUAGGAACUACCACUCCCGUGAUGCUCCGCUUCGCACGCCUGCGCAGAGCCUAGGGCCACGUCGCUUUUGCAGUGCCGGUGGUAAGUACUCAGACAUGGCUUCUGCAGACUCCCGGCGGAUGGGGAAUGGCGGCAAUAUGGGGGGCGCCUUCCAUCCCUACCUGGACUCCUUGCGGCAGGAGCUACAACAGAGGGACCCGACGCUGCUGUCAGUCGUGGUGGCGCUCGUCGCGGUACUGCUGACGCUAGUGUUCUGGAAGUUCAUCCGGAGCAGAAGGAGCAGUCAAAGGGCGGUUCUUCUUGUUGGCCUUUGUGACUCCGGGAAAACAUUGCUCUUUGUCAGAUUGUUAACAGGCCUUUACAGGGACACUCAGACUUCCAUCACUGACAGCUCUGCUGUGUAUAGAGUCAACAAUAACAGGGGUGCUAGCCUGACCUUGAUUGACCUCCCUGGCCAUGAGAGCUUGAGACUUCAGUUCCUAGAGCGGUUUAAGGCUUCAGCCAGGGCUAUCGUGUUUGUAGUGGAUAGUGCAGCCUUCCAGAGAGAGGUGAAAGAUGUGGCAGAGUUUCUGUAUCAAGUCCUCCUUGACAGUAUAGGUCUGAAGAACACACCAUCAUUCUUAAUUGCUUGCAAUAAGCAAGACAUUACAAUGGCAAAGUCAGCAAAGUUAAUUCAGCAGCAGCUUGAAAAAGAAAUCAAUACUUUGCGAGUCACCCGUUCUGCUGCCCCCAGCACACUGGACAGUUCUAGCACUGCCCCUGUUCUGCUGGGAAGGAAAGGCAAAGAAUUUGAGUUCUCACAGUUGCCCCUCAAAGUGGAGUUCCUGGAGUGCAGCGCUAAAGGUGGAAGAGGGGACACUGACUCUGCUGACAUCCAGGACCUGGAGAAGUGGCUGGCUAAAAUCGCCUGAGGGACAGAGCCAAAUGCAAGAUGUGAAUCUGUAUGUGUGUCUGACAGGUUUGGAAAAGGAUGUGGAGGUUUAGAGUUGAUAAAGAAGGGGUGCAGAUGUAGUUAGGAAUGUUUCCUUGUUCUGGGAACAAAUUACUGUUGAAACCAGUGUGGAAUUUUUUUUUUUUUUUUUUCUCCUUAAGGCCAGUCCUCCCUUUUUGCUUUCAAGCUAGUCGCUUUUAUUUGAUUCAUGUCUUCCCUUUUGAAAGUGUAUGUGAGAUCGCUUUAGCAUAUGCUUGAUGUAAGGUCAAGGUCUAACAAGCAGACCUCAUGCAUAGAGAGGAUAUUAUCAUGAGAAUGUGGCAUCAUCUGAAAAGUUUUCUUUUCCUCUGCUUCUGUUCUCUGGUCCCCUUUUCCUGGAAACAAACCUGUCUCUGUAUGGAACUGGGUGAUUUCCAUUUGCGCUUGACAUUCAUGGGUAGCACAUCAUCUAGUCCUCUGUGAAUGUCAGAUUUGUAAUCUGAAAUUUGUACUGAUUUGUACUGUACAGUUACAGUAUGGUCCCCUGACACAUGAAAACAGGUUGAAAACAGUGAGGUUGUGUUGGCAGUCUGUUCUUCAUCAUCUCAGUGACUUGUCCACACUCCAGUUUCAUAGCACUUCAGUUCAAAAACAUGUUGUGAACCCUGGGAGUGAUUCCCAGAUGAUAGAACUCUAAGUGCUAGAUCUCGCAAUGCCAAGGGUCUGGUACAUGCUAGUGGUUUCCCUUCCCUGGGGAAUAUAUGGAGAUUUAGAAGCUGUUUUUCUGGAUACAGAAAGGCCUCCUGGGCUGUCUUCACAUGCUGUGUACUCUUAGCUUGAAUGCUAUGGAGCAAAUACAAAAGAAAGUUCCCUGUAGGUUUUCAAAGUGCAUAUUCAUCUAUGGCUUAAAAAAAAAAGCCUUUUCAAAGUGAUGUUCUUUGCUAUCUGCUUAAAUGUAUAACUUUUUUUUAAUGGAUUUUAUAAAUGAUUAAUACGUUUCUUGGUAAAUAAAACAACCUGUCUAGCUCAAAGCAUUUACAUAGAAUGGUAUAGCGAGUACAAAUGGGAGCUCUUGUGAGGAUUGUGGCCUAACUCCCAAGUUUCCAUGGCCUGAAGAUUGCGUGUACAGAGAGGCAAACUCUUCAAUCCCUACUUCACACACUCAGGGACAAGCCAACUAAAGCUUAAACGGAGACAGGGGUGGCUAUGGAUAAGUGAGACGCUGAUUGUAGAAGAGCAUGGGAAGAGCUGUAGCAGGAGAGGCACAGGGCGAUCCCAGGGUGUGGCAGGUGCCUAACCCGGCCUUGAGGGAUGGGGAGAGGCCAAGGAGAAGAGCAUGGCGCCCAGGACGUGCCAGUGAGUAUGGCCCAGGCCUCUGCCUGCUGUCACCCCUCCCUGGGUGCCACUCUGGCUCUGAGUGAGGGGAUUCCAGCCCCCCACCCCUCUCCCUGCUCUGGAGUGUGAGAUAAACAUGAGCUGAACGGAGAAGCUUAGACCCUGACCCUGGUAGGAUUCAUAUUGGGACUCAUCGCUGCGUCGUUCUUGCUGCCCUUCGGACUCCUCCUUGCUCCUCCCUUAUUAGCCAGUAGUAAUUUAGGGAAGGAGGUAAGAACGCUGAACCAGAAACCCAAGAGGAAUGUGGUGAAUGUGGCUUGUUCACAUAAUCGUAGGAAGUGUUCACCCGAAUAAACAUCUGAUGCUUCAGUUAA